AUGGACGCAGAAGCUCGAGACUUCAACAGUGAUCAUCCAGUCACCGUAGUUUCACAAAAUCUUUCUGAUGAUACGUCCAACCCUCCAAAGGAUAAACCCUACGUCUUCAAUGUAUGGAACAAAGACCACAAAGUGUGUCUUUUGGCUUCGUUUCAGGCUUCUUUCUUGAUUUCAUACGCCAGCAGAGGAGGAAAGCAGUGUUUUUCAUUAAUUAUCUUGUGGUUCACCACACAGUUUUCUCCGGAAAGUGAAGGCGCUGUUUCAACCUGGGCAGUGACGUCGGUAGAACUUCUGUUUAAUACGUCAGGUUCACCGUUCGAAGAAGCAACAAAUGGAGGAAAGAAAACAGUGCGAAACGCAGAGAACAUUAAAUUAUUCGAAACUCCGAUUGGAAAUUCAUAUUCUUGUUCCUCUCCAGAACUAAUCCCUCUCUUUGAUUCCAAGAAAGACAAAGUGGUCAGUGUAAGACUGCGUAAUGUAAAGUUGCAGCCGUUCCAAGUUGAUAACGAAAGAUUUUCAGCAGCACAUCACUGUAGUUUUUUGACAUUCGAUGGCAUGAUAGAACCCUUGCCUCAAGACGAGACCAUUCCCAUAGCUGUUGGUGGUACCUUGGCAGUUAUAGUGUUAAUCCUUGUGACAGGGUUUGCUGCAUACAGAUGGAUAACAUCUAAGAGGGUGGACUAUAACACAAUGGAGUAAUACAGAUUACAGUGGAAUGACAAAAUGGUGGGAA